AUGUCUUCUUCCGAUAGUUAUUACAUUGAAAUUCUUAACAAUAUACCCAUCUAUCUUCAUAAAUAUUUCGGUAUAUUUCUUUAUAUUAUUGGAAAUAUCGGUAAUUUAUUAGCCAUCAUUGUUUUCUUCAAAAGAUCUUGGAGAAAAAAUGUUUGUGUCUUUUAUUUUCUUGUUUGCCUCUUUGCAAAUACUAUUUUCAUUAAUUCAACUUUACUUGGAUCUAUUUUUACUCUCGGUUUUAACAGUACUAUUCAAAAUUCUAGUGUGAUUUUAUGUAAACUUUUCUAUUAUAUAUCUUAUCUUACUUCUACGUAUUAUCCAAUUAUACUUAUUCUUGCAUCUAUUGAUCGUUUGUUAAUUUCAUCUCAAAAUAUUGAUACACGUUUGUAUAGUUCAAAACGUAUGGCAUAUUUUUCUACAUCUAUAGCUACAUUUAUCUGUAGUACUUUCGCUUCACACAUACUCGUUAAAGUUAAUAUUCAAGAAAUGUAUCCAGGAGUUUUUAUUUGUUAUUAUGAUCUUUCACAAUAUUAUGAAUCGUUUGUUCUAUACUCAACAUUAAUAAUGACUGUUUCUAUACCUCUAGUUUUAAUUAUUCUAUCAACUAUUGCUUUUAAAAAUGUUCGUCGUAUACGAGCUAUACCACGACAAGAACGUCGUCAAAUUCGAACAAUGAACAAAAAAGAUUUUCAGUUACUUCGUUGUCUAUAUAUUCAGAAUAUUAUUUAUGUUGUCUGUAGUCUUUUGGUAGGGGCUAGUGUAUGUUACAGUACCACAUUACAUAUGGAAGCAUUAACGUUAAGGGAACAAGCUAUAAACAACUUUUUAAAUAAUUUUGGUGCUAUUCUUCAUUACAUUCCUUACUGUACAAGUUUCUUUAUAUUUGUUUGUGUAUCAAAAGCUUUUCGAUUGGAAGUCAAACGAUUGAUCUUUAAAAUGGUCCGUAAAGAUUUGACAACAGUACGAGAAGACGAAAACAAUCAGCAAGAAGCAGUGAAAGACAAUAUAGAACAAAAUCAUGCUAUCAGUACUAUUAAUAUCAAUGCUUAA